GUGACGCCUUCCCUUUCCGGCCUCGCUUGCUGUCUGACUGGGCGCUCCUUAGGGCUCGUUGCCGCGUGAGGAGAAGCCGUCGCCAUCAUGCCGGUCUACUUCCAGCGGCCCGAGAACGCCCUGAAGCGGGCGAACGAAUUUCUUGAGGUUGGGAAGAAACAACCUGCUCUUGAUGUCCUGUAUGAUGUUAUGAAAAGUAAAAAACACAGAACAUGGCAAAAGAUCCACGAACCGAUUAUGCUAAAGUACUUAGAAUUAUGUGUGGACCUCCGGAAGAGCCACCUGGCAAAGGAAGGAUUAUAUCAAUACAAGAAUAUAUGCCAGCAGGUAAAUAUUAAGUCCUUGGAGGAUGUAGUACGAGCUUAUUUAAAACUAGCAGAAGAAAAAACUGAAGCUGCUAAAGAAGAAUCUCAACAGAUGGUUCUAGAUAUAGAAGAUCUUGAUAAUAUUCAGACUCCAGAAAGUGUUCUCUUAAGUGCUGUAAGUGGGGAAGAUACCCAAGAUCGUACUGAUCGGUUACUUUUGACUCCGUGGGUUAAGUUUCUGUGGGAAUCAUACAGGCAGUGUUUGGAUCUUCUCAGAAACAAUUCCAGAGUGGAGAGACUGUAUCAUGAUAUUGCUCAACAAGCUUUCAAGUUCUGUUUGCAAUAUACUCGUAAGGCUGAAUUUCGUAAACUCUGUGACAACUUAAGAAUGCAUUUGGGUCAAAUUCAGCGUCAUCACAAUCAAAGUACAGCAAUCAACCUCAAUAAUCCAGAAAGUCAGUCAAUGCAUUUGGAAACUAGGCUUGUACAAUUGGACAGUGCUAUCAGCAUGGAGUUGUGGCAGGAAGCUUUUAAAGCUGUGGAAGAUAUACAUGGGCUAUUUUCCUUAUCCAAAAAGCCACCAAAGCCCCAGUUGAUGGCAAAUUAUUACCACAAAGUUUCUACCGUAUUUUGGAAAUCAGGAAAUGCACUCUUUCAUGCAUCUACACUUCAUCGUCUUUACCAUCUUUCAAGAGAAAUGCGAAAAAAUCUCACACAAGAGGAGAUGCAGAGGAUGUCAACGAGAGUGCUUUUGGCUACUCUGUCAAUUCCAAUAACUCCUGAACGAACUGACAUAGCUCGGCUUUUGGACAUGGAUGGCAUAAUUGUUGAAAAGCAACGUCGAUUGGCAACAUUGUUAGGACUUCAGGCUCCACCUACUCGAAUUUCUCUUAUUAAUGAUAUGGUGAGAUUUAAUGUAGUUCAGUACGUUGUCCCAGAGGUAAAAGAGCUUUAUAACUGGCUUGAGGUAGAUUUUCAUCCACUGAAGUUAUGUGGCCGUGUAUGCAAGGUUUUAAACUGGGUAAGAGAUCAAUCUGAGAAAGAGCCAGAAUUGCAAUUAUAUAUUCCUCAUCUGCAAAACAACACCAUCCUUAGACUACUUCAGCAGGUGGCUCAAAUUUAUCAAAGCAUUGAAUUUUCUCGCUUGACUACUUUGGUUCCUUUCGUGGAUGCUUUCCAACUAGAACGUGCCAUUGUUGAUGCAGCCAGACACUGUGAUUUACAAGUUCGCAUUGAUCAUACCACCCGAACAUUAAGUUUUGGGUCCGAUUUAAACUAUUGCACCCGAGAAGAUGCUCCUCUUGGACCUCAGCUGCAGAGCAUGCCUUCUGAGCAGAUUAGGAACCAGCUGACGGCCAUGUCAUCUGCACUUGCAAAGGCUCUAGAAUUUAUUAAGCCACCUCAUCUAUUGCUAGAAAAGGAAGAACAACAUCAACAGGCAGUUACAGCUUACUUAAAAAAUUCAAAGAAAGAACAUCAGCGUAUCCUUGCUCGCAGGCAAACUAUUGAAGAAAGAAAGGAACGUCUUGAGAGUUUGAACAUCCAGCGUGAAAAAGAAGAGCUGGAGCAGCGUGAAGCUGAACUCCAAAAAGUUCGCAAAGCUGAAGAAGAGAGACUGCGCCAGGAGGCAAAAGAGCGUGAAAAAGAGCGUAUUCUGCAGGAACAUGAGCAAAUUAAAAAGAAAACUGUUCGUGAACGUUUGGAGCAGAUUAAGAAGACAGAGCUGGGAGCCAAGGCAUUCAAAGAUAUUGAUAUUGAGGAUCUUGAAGAAUUGGAUCCAGACUUCAUUAUGGCAAAACAGGUUGAACAGCUUGAAAAAGAAAAGAAGGAAUUGCAAGAACGUCUGAAGAAUCAGGAGAAAAAGAUUGACUAUUUUGAGAGAGCAAAACGUUUAGAAGAAAUUCCACUGAUUAAGACUGCCUAUGAAGAACAAAGAAUCAGAGAUAUGGAUCUUUGGGAACAGCAAGAAGAAGAAAGGAUCACCACCAUGCAACAGGAACGUGAAAAGGCUCUUGAGCAUAAAAAUAGAAUGUCACGGAUGAUAGAAGACAGUGAAUUGUUUAUAACUAGGCUCAAGACUGCAAGGAGAUCAGUUUAUGAGGAAAAACUUAAACAAUUCGAAGAAAGAUUAGCAGAGGAAAGAUGUAAUCGUUUAGAGGAACGUAAGAGAGAGCGCAAAGAACAAAGACGCAUUGCUUACUAUCGUGAGAAAGAGGAGGAGGAACAAAGGUUGCAAGAGGAGAAGAUGCUUAAAGAACAAGAAGAGAAAGAACGUGUUGAACGAGAAAAACGUGAACAAGAAAUGCGUGAAUAUCAGGAACGUGUUAAAAAACUAGAAGAGGUGGAAAGAAAGAAACGUCAAAGGGAAUUAGAAAUUGAAGAGCGGGAGCGUCGUCGUGAAGAGGAGAGGCGGAAUCUUGACGAUCCACUUUCACGGAAGGAAUCACGCUGGGGAGAUAGAGAAACUGAUAGUACUUGGAGAAGAACUACUGAUCAGGAAUCAGAAUGGAGACGUCCCCCAGAAAGAGAAUGGCGGCGUGGGGAAGUACGUGAUGAUGAAAAACCUUUACAAAAAGACGAUGUGGCUAAGUCUACUACUCCACAAGAAGAGGGAGAGCCUACCCAGGAAGCACCAGAAGAUAAAAUACUGAAACAAGAUAAAGAGGAAGACAAGGAUCCUAGGAAAAUCCUGGAUGAUGACCGAACGAGUUGGCGUUCAACUGGCGAUGACAGGGCCCCCAGGCAUGGUUUGGAUGAUGACAGGGGCCCCAGGCGUGGUUUAGACGAUGACAGGGGUCCCAGGCGUGGCUUAGAUGAUGAAAGGGUCCCUAGGCGUGGCUUGGAUGAUGACAGGGGCCCCAGGCGUGGCUUGGAUGAUGACAGGGGCCCCAGGCGUGGCUUGGAUGACGAGAGGGGCCCCAGGCGUGGCUUGGAUGACGACAGGACCCCCAGGCGUAGCUUGGAUGACGACAGGGGCCCCAGGCGUGGCUUGGAUGACGACAGAGGACCUAGGCGUGGCUUGGAUGACGACAGACCAAAUUGGCGUAACAUGGAUGACGACAGAGGACCCAGGCGUGGACUGGAUGACGACAGAGGACCCAGGCGUGGACUGGAUGAUGACCGAGGACCCAGGCGUGGGCUGGAUGAUGACAGAGGACCCAGGCGUGGGCUGGAUGAUGACCGAGGGCCCAGGCGUGGGCUGGAUGAUGACCGACCUAGUUGGCGCAACACAGAUGAAGACCGAGGACCCAGGCGUGGGCUGGAUGAUGACCGGGGACCCAGGCGCGGGCUGGAUGAUGAUAGAAUUUCAAGGAGUGAUGAGGAUAGACGGCCCUGGCGUAACACAGAUGAUGAUCGAGGACCCAGACGACUGGAUGAUGACAGAGGUCCCAGACGCGGAGAUGAUUCCAGGCCUGGACCUUGGAGACCAUUUGGUAAACCAGGUGGAUGGAGAGAACGUGAAAAGGCUCGAGAAGACAGCUGGGGACCUCCGCGGGAUUCCAGACCUUCAGAAGAUCGUGAAUGGGACAGAGAUAAAGACCGUGAUGAAAAGGAAAAGGAACGAGAAUUUGACAAAGACCGUGACUUAGAUCGGGAAGAUCGUUUUAGGCGUCCUAGGGAUGACACUGGCUGGAGAAGAGGACCAGCUGAGGAAGCCUCUAGCUGGAGAGAUUCAGGUCGUCGUGAUGAAUGGGACAGAAGUGGUCGUGACUCUAGAGAUGACCGUGGUGGUCGUGAUCUUCGAGGUCGUGUUGAAGAGAGAGAAAGGAGAGGACCCCCACCUAGAACAGAUCGGGAAGAAGUGAGCUCAUGGAGGCGCGGUGAUGAUAGAAAGGAAGAACGUGAAGAACGUGAAACAGUUCGAAAACCACCACCUCCUGCUGCUCCUACUUCUGGUCCUUCUGUUUCCAAAGAACGAGAAAAAGAGGGUGAGAAAGAGAAAGCUUGGAGAACAGAUAAAGAACGAGAAGCCCUUCGUCGCAUUAAAAAUGAAACUGAUGAAGAGGGUUGGACCACUGUACGACGUUAAGUUCAAAACCUAAACAUGGUUUUAAUUGGUGUUUUGCAUUGAUUUGAUAACAGAUUAUAAUAUUGGUGCUUUAAGAGUCUGAAUUUGAAUUCUUUAACAAAGUUUUCUAGAAACGAAAGCAUGAAACCUUUACUUGUAUGCAAACUGAUCAUGCACAGAACUUACAACUAAUAGUUGGAAAUUAAAUACUGGUUAUCUAAGAUUUCAAUUGUAUGUCACAGAUCACUUGGUGGUAAGAAUAAAAAAAUAAAUUCUAUAGGUAUCUUUGAGUGGCAUGUACAUCUCAGUCAAAAACAAAACUGAUUUUUAUGUUAACUAACCUUAUACCUUAAAAUGAAUAUGGCCUGCAAAGCAUAUGUUUAAAGCAAUGUUUCUGGUUCCAUAAAUAAAUGACUUUGUAAGGCUGUACAGUCUAAAAUUGGUAUUUGAUGGCAGAGGCUAUUGCUGGUAGUAUUAUUGAAUUCAGUAUGUUUUAAUUUGAUUUAUAUAGAAUAAAUGUCAUGGGUCUUUUAGCUAUGCUGGGAAUUUUUCUUUUGUUUCUUUUCAGUAGAUUCUACUUGAAUGCACAGUCUUAUCAAGCCAUUUGCAGUCUUUACUUUCACAAUGAGUGCCACAGUAGUAUUGAAACAACAGGCUUUUAAAAUUGAAAGUAUUUGAGUAAUCUUUUUGCUGAGCAUUUUUGUUCCUUGCUGUGUAUAGACACUUCUCUUUCUGGUAUUGGUAAUCUCUGCCUUUUGAAACAUUUAUAUAGUGUCAUUUCAUAGACAUGAUCUGUGGAGGAAUCAAUCACUCCUCCUUUCCUUCUGAAUUUCUUGUCUUCAGGGUAAGUGCUUUACCUUUAAACCAAGUGCUUUGUAGUAAGAGUGGGUUAACUUCAAUUUGGGGCUGAAAUAGCAAUGUUAGUGAUUGUUUUUAAUUGAAGCCAACACAGAACUUGCUGCUAUGUGUUAACUUCAAUGAUAAAUAAACUUAAAAAUCUAACCUAGUAUUUUGUUGUGACUUUUUAAUUGAUGUUUCAGAUUUUCAUACAUCUUUCUUCUAACGUAUUUGAGGAAAUAGCCUUAUUGAACUUAACAUAUCUAUUCUUUUUCCAGCAGUCUUUUACCCAGUGAAUAAGUAUCUUUUUAAAUAGUUGUCUGUUGGAAAGAAAGUGCUAAUAAAUUCAAAUACAAAUAAAAAAUCAGUAAAAAUAAUGAAAAUUAUAUUUUUCAUAUUCUCAAUUUCAUUUUAAUUAAAAUAAAUGUGGACUUCUUAGUUGUACUCUUAAUUUAUAUAUCAAAGUAUUAUGGUUUGAGACAGGAAUGCCACUUUGCAUUGACGUUAUUUAGUUAUGAUAGGCAUCAAGAAAGGGUUUUUUCCCCUAUUUCUAGUGUUUCUCCUGCAUGUAAAAAACAAAAACUUGGGUGAAAGACUCCAUAAUGAAAACUGUUCACUGAAAAAUAAACAUCAAUCAUUCAAAUUAUAUAAUUAACAGCAUUUGUCAGAAAAAAAAUCAGAAUCUUAGAUCUUGAAUAUACAUUGCAAACCUACAAUGUAAAAUAGAUUGCACAGCAUCUCUUUGAUUCUUAGCAUUUAGAAUGUGCAUACAUUAUUAAAAAAAUCAUGUUAUGCUAUUAAAAACAGCUAAGAUAGAAGAACUGAAAAAUUUUUCUUAAUUGGUUUUUUGAGAUCAGGUUUUACAUUUCAUUGGAGAAAAUGUUAUGUUUUGCAUUUCCUGAUUUUAUUUAGUUUUCAUGAAAACUGGAAGAUUGUAAGAAGCUCAAAGGAGAAAGAUGUAUGCUUAUCACAUUUUACAGUUUAGAUUUUAUCUCUUUCUGAUGCAGUUCCUGUCAUGAUGAAUAAUUUCCUAAGUAAAGCAGUUAACUUUCCCUUUAUGGGGAAGCUACCAUCACUUGUGCAGAACAAAUUAACCUCAAAAUAAGUAUGAAAAAAGGACUGCAUACAGUUGAGACCUUCCAAUUUUAUGUGCAAGUGGUUUGAUAACUGAACUUUAAGACACCGAAAAAAGGAUGGUGUUUUUUUUUAUAAUUUUCAUUCAAGACUAUGAUUAAUAUCUGUCCAGUUUGCUAAUAGCAAUAUCUGUUAUCCCAGGAGUUUGAGAAAUUCACUUGGAAUCAUACUCCAAGAAUCAGGAAAAAAAUUAAUCAAUUUAAUAAAGAUCAUUUUUUAAAAAUAUCCAUUGUUUCUGCUAGUGUAGCUCCAGUGUAGACUAGUUUAGGAUGGCUGUCUAGAAAACCUAGACAGUCAGCAUAGAUCCUCAAGUGAAGAUCAAGAGAUCAGUUAAAUGCUUAAUUAGAUAUAACUUGGGAAAACGCUAACUUGUUAACUAUUUGCUACCUUUAUUUUUGAGCAUAUUUCACUUUUCUUGGAAAUGCAGAAGCAAUCUGUAUAAGCAAUGGAUUUUUAAGAUAAACAGGUUUUUUUGGACAAAAAGUGGUUUUGCACAAAUAUGGAAAAAAUGCAGUAGUGGUAUAACAUAGCAGAGUACAGUGAAAGGUAAUUUUGGCUGAACAUGAUCUGAAUUGAGGUAAAAACAAUUGAAACAAUCAGUACACUCAGUUAUUAUAUGCAGUCUUAUAAUUUUUAAUCUUUUUUU